AUACUUUUGGUCUCAUUAGCAUAAGAUGACUAAUUUGUCAGAUACAGAUGAUGACAACUAUAGACCUUCAAAGCGAUUGAGAGUGGACUUCAGGCCUCCAGCUGUGUCAAGGAGCUAUGAUGAUAUUGAUGGCUUGCAAAGCUCGCCAGGAAGAGCGCAUUCAUGGGACGAUGUGCCUAUGACUGAUAACAUCGAUAAUUAUCUUGACGAGUUGUGGAGCACAUCACGUAUCAAUCUCUCACUAAUGGAUUCAUGUUUGCAGGAUGAAGAUGAUCAUCAAGCUAAUAAGUGCAGCUUGGAGAUUGAUUACAAACAAUUCAUCUCUGUCCAUCCUAAUAUUGCCAUAUGGUUGGCUGAUGCCCCUCAAUCUGUCCUUGAAGUCAUGGAAAAUGUUGCUCGAAGUGUCAUCUUUAGUUUGCAUCCGAACUACAAAAAUAUCCACAAAAACAUUUAUAUUCGCAUUACUAACCUGCCUGUUUAUGAUCAGAUUUGGAAUAUUAGGCAAAUCCAUUUGAACACCAUGAUUCGUUUUAGGGGAGUUGUGACCAGGCGUUCUGGGGUUUUCCCCCACUUGCAACAGCUACUGAUGCAAAGGUUGCGGAGUCCUACAGAGAAAAGACAUGGAAGCCAAAGUUCCAAGUUCAGAUGCAGAAAUGAAGAGCUGAGGAAGAUGGUUUUGGUCUUUCAGAUGCAGUAUCUAAAUUACAGUUUUCUUUACAAUCACUUUUGCUGGGAAAAAGGCAGAGGGACUUCCAAUGAUCAAGGAAGCACUUUAGAGAAGGAAGAUGAAAAUGCUACUUCAUCUACUGCUACAGCUCCUCCUAAAAGGUCUACCAAAAAGAAAAAUUGAACCGGGCGUGCAGUUGCCUCUGUUCGAAAUACAAUGUUAAGUUAGUAUUUGUUCAAGAAAAGUUGAAUCUACUUGCAGACCGAAGUGUGUUCUACCUGCUUCUCACUUUGGAGAAAUGUGGCCGCAGUGGGGAAUGCAUAUAUAGAGACUACUAUUGUGUUUAGAAAUCAGAGUUUACUAUGCAGCUAGUUUGCUGUUUUCUUGCUUUAUUGUAUUCUCAUUGAGUUCCUCUUCUUUCAUCAACUGCCUUUGUGUAGUUUCCAUGUAGUCGGAUCCAAUUAUCAUGAAGCAAUUUGCAGAAACGCAGAAAAAUGUCAAAAAAGUAAACUUCACUAGAUAAA